AUGGAUUUCGAUGACCUAGCGCUCGCACAGUUUGAUAGAUUGAGGAAAGAAUGGGUGGAACGCUGUUCAAAAUCCGCCAGCGGCAUCUGCGAAUUGGCCAACAAGUACCGCAACCGAGAUGAUUGCUUGCUUCGGUCAAUGCACAGUGGAUCUUUCAACUUUAGUUUACGUCUACACUGGGAGGAUGAUGGCGAUGACUGGCUUAUCAGGUUUCCGCUUCCAGGGAAAUCCAUGUUCCCGGAAGAGAAAGUUCGCGGAGAAGCCAUACUCAUGACAUAUAUCGCAGACAACACGACCAUUCCCGUUCCCCGAGUGAUUGCCUCCGGGACAGCAGACGAGAAUCCUACAGGUCUGGGCCCCUUCAUUAUCAUGAUCUGGGUCGAAGGGAGGAAGAUGUCGGAACUACUCCGGACAAGUGAUUCAUCCGACAAGGAGGAAACCCUCAACCCAGAUAUCGACGAGGAGACGCUCAAGGCGCUGUACGGGCAAAUGGCACAGGUCUUGCUGGAACUGUGGAAACUCGACUUCGAUUGCAUUGGUAGCCUGGCUAACAAUGAAGUGACUGGCAAGCCACAAGUGACCAAACGGCCCUUAACCCUCGCUAUGAACGAGCUGGUCCGGACAUGCGGGCUGACUGAUCUUGAUCCACCGAGAACCUAUAACAGCUCCACGGACUACAUCGCCUCGCUUCUCGAGUUGCAGACAAAGAAUCUUCAACAACAAAGAAACAGUAUCUACGAUGCCAUGGACUGUCGCGAGAAAUACGCUUGUCGUCAUUUGAUGAAGGCGUCAGCACUGAACUUUCUGUCCCCUGAAGAUAAUUGUGGACCCUUCAAGUUAUUCUGCGAUGAUCUAUGCCCUGGCAACGUUCUGGUGAAUGACUCUUUUCAGAUCACCGGUAUUAUUGAUUGGGAAUUCUGUUAUGCGGCUCCGGCCCAAUUUGCCGGCAGUAUUCCCUGGUGGCUACUUCUGGAGCGACCACAUCGGAUCAUCUACAACUCUGGCAUAAAGGCGUUCUUCGAGGAUUUUUUACCGAAAGCAGACCUCUUCUUGCAGUGCAUGGAGGCGAAAGAGACAGGGUUGGGGAUUGACCCUGCUGAACAUGUUCUGUCAGUACGAAUGCGCCAGUCAAUUCAGGACAGAAGCGCGUGGUUCAAUAUGGCAUGUCGCAUGGUACCGUCAGAGGAUAUGAUAUACUGGGACUUACUAGAUGAAUACUGCUGGGGCCCGCGUAAGUCAAUUGCAGAGAGGGUAUACAACACUACCACCACCCCUGAGAUGCAUAAGGCUCGUGAGGACUUCGUCAAGGUGAAGAUCAAACAACUGCAGCAAUACUAUGCAGAGCUCGGAGACGAGACCGUUGUCUCCUACGAAGAAGAACGAUUUAGUGGAACGGAAGACUUUAUACAGGAAUAA